UUUAAUCCCUGAAUCAUGAUGUUUAAUUGCAGGUACAAACCACCAGCCAGUGAUAAUAAUCCAACCCUGGAGGAUCCAACUCCGGAUUAUAUGAACCUAUUGGGGAUGAUCUUCAGCAUGUGUGGGCUGAUGUUAAAGUUGAAGUGGUGUGCCUGGAUCGCUGUUUACUGCUCUUUUAUCAGCUUUGCAAACUCCCGCAGUUCUGAAGACACAAAGCAAAUGAUGAGCAGUUUCAUGUUGUCAAUUUCAGCAGUGGUGAUGUCAUACCUGCAAAACCCACAACCCAUGUCUCCACCAUGGUAAUGGAUUGGGCCACCCCAACAUCACCAUGGUCACGGUUGGGCCACACCAAAUUCACCAUGGUCCCAGGCCAUGUCAUGACCACACCACCAUGGUCAUGGCCAGGGCCGUGCCCACGUCACUAUGGUCAUGGCCCUGGGCCAAUGAUCCAGCAACCCCCGACUGCCCCACCUCUCCCAUAUCAUCAUACCAUGUCAAUGACUCAGACCCCAUGCUUAGUCUGAUUGUGAUAAUGGCACAGACCUGUAAUCAUUUCCCUGUUAUUGCCAUGGUAUUAGCUCAAGAACCUCCCCAUCUUAUAUUACCAUGGCAAUAGGGCACCCCAUCCCUCCCAGUAAUGGCUGGCACCAUAACUGGUACACGCAGUCCCCUCCCACCGCUGCACCUCUUCGUCCCUUCGUAACCUUGCCCUCUGCAGGACUCAACGAUAAUCACAGAACUCAUGCUUUGCCCUUCCUGGAUGUUACAAUGUAUGAAGAUCAAGGGAAAGCUGUCAUUGCCGAAGAAAUAACUUAAAUUACCUUUUGUUAUUCUGAAAUGUAUCAGCUAUACAAUUUAUUUAAAUUGUGAAUAUUAAUUGAAGCAUGUGGAGAAGCUGUGGCCAGACCUCUGAGACCUGUGUGUAAAGUUUUCUGAUCUGGGGUCUGACAUCAAUUGGAAACUGAUUUGCUAUUUUCAACCAGGAUCCUAGCACCAGCUCCCACCCAGUGCCAGGUUGUCCCUUAAUAUGUCACUUUUAUACAACUUUGCAAGAACUCUCAUGAGAAUUUGAUUUAAGGAGCAACUCAUAACUGAAGCUGCACACCAGUCUGAAGUAGCAGCAGAAGCAAGUUGUCCAAUUCAUUUGGCAACACUAAUUCAUCUAAAUAGAUAUUUCACCAGUUUCCUAAAAGCCGCUUGGUUAAUGAAUACCAUUUAACACAAGAACUGACUCUCAAUAUUCUUGUGUUGUUUUAAGAUUCUUGCUUCGUGAGUGUUUCUCUUGGCAACAAAUAGGAUGUAUAAGAUCUCACUGAAUAAAGAAAAUAAAUAUU